AUGGUAGAUGACAGUAGACAUAAACGACUCAAAGUGGGAAGAGCAUGUCAUCCUUGCCGUAUGAAAAAAAUCAAGUGCAAAGCCAGACGUCGUAAAUGUAUGUAUUUGAAAAACCCUGACGAGACCUAUAUUCGCCUCGAUCCUGUGGAAGAAACAUUGUCUUCUGCAAAUACAAUGAGCAAUACAGAACCCUCAAGGCGGCAAAGUACGCCUAGUCAACAUGGGUUUCAACCACAGCAACCCUCCUCAGCAUCCUCAGCAUCUUCACCACCAGCAUCUUUAGCGUCAUCAACACCCCUUUGUUCUCAAACACAGCAUCCUCCUCAUCAUCACCAGCAGCAGCAGCAACAACAACAGCCAUCCCACCACAAUGCAUUCAAUGGCAUUCCUAAAAUCUAUGCCACGGAUCAGCCAGAUCACCUGUUCUCUUCCUCUCCAUCACCACAGCAAGCGCAGUUCUCUUCUUCCACCUUGAAUGAACCACCCUCCACACGAUCCGACAAAAUGAUUGAGCAGUUGACAGACGGCAUUGUUCGUCUUACCUUGAAUCCAAAUGCAACAGGCACGUCGUCCACGUCGUCAGGAGGGGGAGGAUCACUCCAUUUGGAUCACGAGCAUGUCACCCCAUGGCCAAGGUAUGGCGAUAUUGUCCGUUGGACGCCUGAACCCCAUCUUCCCAUUUAUUACACCGCUUCCAUCGACAUGCCCUCGCGAGCCAUGCAAGAACAACUCCUCGCCCUCUUUUUUGAUGAAUGCCAGCACAUUUUACCCAUCCUCUCACGUACCAUGUUUUACGACCAACUCAAAGCCAAAGGUCCCUUGAUCACUCCUCUUUUAUUGAAUAGCAUGUAUGCUCAUGCCGCUCAUCACAUCCAUCAAAACAGUCAUCACCACCACCACCACCACCACAGCCGCGACGCCGUGCCGGACGGCGAUUUGUUUUACCAUCGUGCGCGACGCCUCGUCGACGACUUUCUUGAUACCCCACGUAUAAGUACAGUCAUUGCUUUGCUUUACAUGGCUCUUUACGACUGUGAUCAUAUCCCUGCCUCAGGUUCACGUAUACGUUCCAGUCGCGCCUGGUUGUACAGCGGCAUGGCCAUCCGCAUGUGUUUUGAAUUAGGUCUUCAUACCGCCAAUUACAGUAGUCAAAUGUCGCAAUGCGAUAUCGAGCUGCGAAAACGCGUGCUGUGGACCUGUUUCGUGAUGGACAAAUUAGAAAGCUGUACCAUGGAAAGGCCGUGGAUGCUACGCUCCAGUGAUAUCGCUGUGGACUUUCCACAACCCCUCCCCGAAGACACGCCCAGCGAGCGUCUUGUCUUGGAAGGAUUCAAUCAACUGUGUCGAUUGAUGACCUUGGUCGAAAAAGUCAUUCAUUUCUUUACCCACGAUUUGAAAAAGAAUCUGAGCUUAUGGACCGUGCAAGAAGAAAAUCAAAUAGUGCACUAUCUCGAUGCCAUUCACCAAUGGCGAAACGCCUUGCCACAGGAACUACAGUGGGAAACUUCCCUGCUACACUCCAACGGAGUCAUGGCUGCUCCUACUGCUACCACGACCCCUGCCGUCACUACCACCACCACCACCACCACCACCACCACCAACAACAACAACAACCACCCUACGAAAACAAACACCUCAUCGUCACCUUCCACCACCACCACCACCACUACCGAUGCCAUCCCUACAACGGCAGAUGCACCAUACCCAGAUAGGCUGCCUCUACCAGACCAGCCUAUGAUACCUUCUUCUGCUGUUGUCGUUAAUUUACAUUUGAUUGCCUAUGAUCUGGAACUCUCCUUGCUCAUGUGUUGUCGAUACCAAGAUGAAGACACUCACCGUGAAAAAAGAAGAACAUUAGCCAACACCAUCACUCGUAUUGUCGCCUUGACCGUCCAGCAUCCUCAUUUGAUGUACAACUUUUCCGUCUCUACCUUUUCCGGUAUUUUUGCCGCUUUGACCCACGCCGUAGAUUUUGACGAUCCGCGACAGGACGUGUCGGCAUCCGCCAAAGUGCACUUUAGAAAGAGUCUCGACGAUGUUCGUUUAAUUGUCGAGAGGAUACCUAUGCGCGAUUUGAGACAUUUUGCUCGUCUCGUCGAUCUACUGCAGCCUACCAUGCCACUCCUCCCCGCCUCGCUACAACAACAACAACAACAACAACAACAACAGCCUUUAGCCUUUGUCUCUUCCAAUACAGCACACAUGGCCUUCUCGGCCAUCACGGACGUGUGUCAUCAUCUCCAUCAGCCGAAAGGCCUCGGAACCACCCCUUCUUCCUCAUCCUACCCGCCUCCUCCUUGUCCUCCACCACCCCAUCAAGAACCUGCUCAAACCACCCCAUCCUCUACUACCUCUUCACCAGGUUAUCUCACGCCCGAUGGAUUGAAUUACCAACCAAAUCACAAUCCCAUGAUUUCAGGUCAAUUUGCUUUUGACUAUUAUCAACAAUUGCCUCACAUGCAACAGCAACAGCAACAGCAACAGUCUUCCUCCUCCACCACACUCUCCCAUUAUCCCUCCACCUCUCUUCAUACGCAUGCCAAUCUAUGCUCUCCUUCCUCUCCCUCUUCCGCCUUUUCCUCUGCCGCUGCUGCUGUCGCUGCUGCUGCUGCCGCUGUCGGUGCUGUCGAUACUUCCACUGCCUUUACUUCUUCCUCAUCUGUUGUCACCACUCCUUUACCUUCGGUUUUGUCCAGUCAAAGUACCACCAGUCAUGGUUCAGGUGGCGAUCAUCCUGGUACGGGUACCGCCGCCGCCGCCGCAGCGACCACGGGUCAUAGCAGAAGUAGCAUCGAGCCUGCAGAUUAUACCUUUGAAUUGAUAUCUGUAGCUGAUGAAUGGGCAAGAUCACUCAUGUAUCAAUAG